AUGACCUGCAACAUCAGCAGAGCACAGGAGAUCAUUCUCUGCCACCUUUGUGACGCGAAAGCUGCUGCACUUCACUGUAAUUCAUGCCAGGUCAACUUAUGUGAGGAGUGCGUAGGGAAACACUAUCUGACGUCAUCGUCUUCCGCACACGAGGUUGUUAAAUACAAAGAAAGGAAAUUCCAUCUUAUUUUCACUAACUGCGAGUCUCACAAAAGUGAAAAAUGUACCGUGCAUUGUGAAAACUGUGAUACACUAGUUUGCAUUAAAUGUUUGACGGGGGUCCAUAAAGGACACGAAGCUUCCGAUUUCUCGGAAAUAAUUGAUUCCAAAAAGCGCCAGAUCGAAGAAAACACUGCUCACCUUGAAAAUCUAAUUCCUCAGUUUGACCAAGCCGAUGUAAGGAACGCAACAAAUUUGGCAGAUUUUAUUUCAAGAUGUGAUGAAUUGCAAAUAGCUGUCAACAAAUGUGGAAAAGAAUGGCAUCGCAUCGUUGAAGAAAUCGUCGAUAAAAACCAAAAAGACAUCGCCAAGAUGAAAGAAGAUGGAAUUCGAGAAUUGAGAGGUUACCAAGACGAAAACAAGAACACACAGCAAUUAUUAAUGGAGGCUGUUAGGCAGAAUCGAAAGAUAGUUGAGUCUGUCGAUGCACCUGAGAUCAACCAAUACAAAUACAAGGAAGGGGAACUGUUUCAGAGGAGACCUGUAGAAGCUGAAGUAAAUUUACCAACCUUUGUUCCAGGACAGGUAAUUUUUUCCGAACUACAGGAAAAUUUUGGCAAACUUAACCUGAACAAAAUUUCAACGUUAGUGCCUAAUAUUGCAACAUCCUAUACCGCCCCAACCAAAGAGAAACUGCUGAACGAUGUUACUGAAAUUGCAGAAUUCAAGACAGAAGAAAAUCUAAGGCAUCUUUGUUGUACUGGUACAGAGGAAAUUUGGGUAAGUUACGAUAAAAAGGCGAGGAUCGAACGUAUGAACAUACAUGGAUCAGUCAUGAAGUCUUUUAUGUCCACUUGUUUGGACUGGAAUGGUUACCCAAGUGGAAUUUCUGUAACAAGAAAAGGAGAACUAGUGUAUACAGAUAAAAAGAGUAGAACUGUUAAUGCUUAUCAAGAUGGAAGACAUAUUUUUCUCAUCAUGGUAGAACAGGGAUGGCAACCGAUGGCAGUGUAUUGUACAAUAUUGGAGGAAUUACUUGUCUCUAUGAAAUCAGUUGAUGAUCGUGCAUGUAAAAUCGUCCGUUACAAAGAAUGUACAACCAUUCAAGAAAUGGUCGAGGAUAACCGGAGUGAUCCGUUAUAUAAAGGAGGAAAUAAGAUGCUCUAUGUGACGGAAAACAUCAACGGUGAUAUUGUUGCUUCUGAUUGCAAUGCCCAAAUAGUUGUCGUAGUUAACAGUACAGGUGCACUGCGAUAUCAUUUUAAAGGACAUAGGUCGUUCAAGGGUAAAUAUACUCCUGGCUCCAUUGUCACUGAUUCAGGAGGUCGUAUCUUGGUGGAAGAUGAUGGGAAUAAUUGUAUCCAAAUCAUCGAUCAGGAUGGACAGAAUGGAAACGAUGGAGAGCAACUUAUCCCAUGUACCAUCGUCCUGGUGGGUGAUAACGGGAAUAAAUGUAUCCACAUCAUUGAUAAGGACGGACAGUUUCUCUGGAGUCUGGAGGACUAUGAUAGAUUAAGUAUAGACGAUCUAGGUCGACUCUGGGUGGAUGAAUCCGGAGGAAACGAGGUUAAAGUCUUCAAAUACAUCGAGUAG